AUGGAUUUUCUUACCACCGAGUCAGGAAAAAAGCUUUCAUAUAUCCUAACUCUAAGUCAGCACAAAUCUCCUUAUUUGCUUAUCAUCAUACACGGAACUUGUAGCAGCAAGGAUUCUUUAUUUUUGCCUUAUCUAAGCGAUAACUCAACAUACAAUACAUUGAGAUUUGAUUUUCCAGGCAAUGGAGACAGUGGAGGCGAGUUUGAAUUCGGUGGUUUUGAAAAAGAAGUUUCUAUUAUUCACAGUGUUGUUCUCUGGGCUAAAAGUCAUGGAUACAAACCUCUAGCAUUAAUUGGCCACUCAAAAGCAGGGAAUGAAGUUUUAAUGUAUUCAGCCAAAUAUGGAGAUGUGCCUUUAAUCAUUUCAAUCGCAGGAAGACUUGACAUGAAUGUGAUCCCUGCGUUUAUCCAGCCUGUCAUGAAUUCUAUUGAGGCAGAAGGACAGGCAACUAUUGAAUUGCUUGGAAGAGAAUACAAUAUUACAAAGGCAGGGGUUGAUGAAAGAAAGGCGAUUAAUAUGACAAGAAUUUUGGCUGCUGUAAGAAAUUGGGUCUGUGCUAUACACGGCGAUAUAGACCCUUGAACAAAUAUUGAAGAUGCGGAAGGGAUAUCGAGACUGCUCGGCAGAAGAUGUUUUGAGUUAGAUGUUAUUCAGGGUGCUGACCAUAGUUUUACAAAUUGUGAAGCGGAACUAUUACAAAAUAUAGAAAAUUUCUUACUGCCUCAAUGAGUUAAAAGAAUAAAUUUUGGCCGCUCUAAGAGGUGCCUAAAUACUAUCUCAAGAUUUUAGCUCAUACCCCUAUAUAGAUUUCUUUAUCGAACAAAUGUAAUGGAUUGUUGAACGAGAAAUACAGAUUCUCUCAAAGAGAUUAGCUCAAUCUCUAUACCAGGAAGUGCUAAAAAGUGACAUGUCAAAAAAUGGUGGCAGUGUGAAAAAAGUUGACAAAUAAACGCGCCAAUUUUUUAAAAUGGCUUUAUUAUUAAAAUAAUUUAAAAUUUAAGAUACCUUCUUAAACUGAAGAUAAAAUACAUAAAACAUUAUUUUUUAUUUAAGCAAUUAUACUGCCGUAAAAAAGUAACUCAAUCAAUAAUUAAUUAAAUUUUAAAUUUCAUUUAAAUUUGCUAAAGACCACAUAAUGAGUCAGUAAGAGCCUCGAAAAGAACAGCAAGUGCUCGAAACAAACUUUGGCUUUUUAGAGCAGUUGAUCAUAAACAAAUUUUAUCAUUUCUCAAAAAAGCAACCCUGUUGACAACUUUUAUAUUUAAGCAAUUUAAAUUUGCUAACGAGUAUUUAAAAAUAUAAGUAAGAUAUUAAUCAAUCCCAGUCUAAUUGGGUAUCUUAAAUUUUAAAUUAAUUUAAUAAUAAAAGCCAUUUUAAAAAUUAGCGCGCUUACUUGUUUUUCACACUUGUCACUAUUUUUUGACAUGGCACUUUUUAACACUUCCUGGUAUAGAGAUUGAGCACAUCUCUUUGAGAGAAUCUAUAUUGCUCGUCAACAAUCCAUUAUAUUUUUGUUCAAUAAAGAAAUGCAUAUGGCUAUAUGCAAAGUUUUCAAAAAUUAUAAACUUUAAUUUUAAUAGAAUUAACUAGAAAUGAUUGUAAUAAUUAUUACUUAUAUAUCAAUAAAAAAAAAAAUUUUCAAGUUUCCCUGGAAGUAAGAUUUUUUCAAUUACUUUGCUGGAUCAAGGAUGUGAUUUAGCAAAAGCCGUACCACUUCUUCAAUUAACCCAUAAAAUUUAG